AAAACGCUAUGUUCACACGAUGUGCAGAAUGGCAUCUCCAUUCUCCAAUCCAAGUCUCCAAAGUUCCACCCCUGUCCACCCACUUGACCCAUGCCUCAUGCAUGUGCGGAAUUUCCGUACCACGACGGAUCUACCAGCCUAUCAGUUGAUUCGAGGACUGUGCAACCUGCCCGUGGCGGAAAUGAGUUCUUGCGUGGAGUGUCCAUGUCGCCUGGUGGACUCCUUCACGAUCUGUCUCAUCGCCGCCAACCAGAUCAAGGCCUCACGUCACGUCGGGCGGCUUGAGAGCCCAGACUAAGCAAGUCAACAGCCAUGCGCACGCAUCUCCUACGGGCCGUCAGGCCUAAUGGCCGUCGGUCCAUGUCAACAGUCCCUCUGAUGAUCAACAACAAGGACGUCAUCACCACAACCACCGCGCCCACGAUAUCGCCCCUCACAAACAAGCCCGUCUGGUCAUUCUCGAGCGCAUCCGACGCGCACGUGGAGGAAGCCGUACAAUCAUGCCAAGCCGCGUUCCCAGCGUGGUCCAAGACUAAGGUGUGUCAUCGUCGAGACCUCCUUCUCUCCUGUGCUGAUAUUGUCGCCAGGAGGAAGACAGAGCUGGGCGGAUACAUGCACCACGAGAUUGGGGCCGACGAGGGGUAUCAGGACUUCAUCCUGGGGUUAACGAUUGAUGGAUUCAGAGAUACGGCAGGGCGCAUCGCGGGCGCUGUCACGGGGACUGUUCCAGAGUCCAACCUGCCUGGUAUGAGGGCCAUGGUGCUCAAGCGUCCUUAUGGCGUGAACGUGGGCAUCGCGCCUUGGAACGCACCGUACCACCUCGGUCUGCGAUCCGUUCUGUUCGCCAUCGCAGCCGGAAACACAGCCAUCCUCAAGGGAUCCGAGUUCACGCCUCGCUGCUACUACGCUAUAGCCGACAUCUUCCGCGAGGCCGGUCUGCCAGAUGGCGUGCUCAAUCUGAUUCUCCACGCGCCCCAGGACGGGCCAAGGGUCAUGGACAAGCUCGUCACGCAUGAGCACGUCAAGAAGAUCAACUUUACGGGGAGCACGCGCGUCGGUAGCAUCAUCGCCAAAAAGGCGGGCGAGCACCUUAAGCCCGUGCUCAUGGAGCUGGGCGGCAAGGCGAGCGCUAUUGUCUUGGAGGAUGCGGAUCUGGAGAAGGCGGCGCUGCAAUGCGCACUGGGCGCAUUUCUGAAUGCUGGGCAGAUUUGCAUGUCUACUGAGCGCGUCCUUGUCCAUGAGAGCAUCGCAGCCGACUUUGAGAAGGUCCUUGCGGCUACCAUCAGGAAUGUCUUUGGGACCCCAGAGACGACGCCUGUGCUCAUCAGCGCCUCUUCUGCGCAUCGGAACCGCGAUCUCGUGGGGGACGCAGUCACCAAGGGUGCCAGAUCGAUGGACAUUCUUGGCGCCCCAGCCAGCCAGGUAGAGACACGCAUGCAGCCCAUCGUCCUGCAGGGCGUGCGGGAGGACAUGGAUCUCUACCAGACCGAGUCUUUUGGACCCAGCACAUCGCUCUUCACCUUCAAGACGGACGCGGAAGCCAUCUCGCUGGCGAACAACACCGCCUACGGUCUCUCGGCAGCUGUCUUCACCAAGGACCUGAACAGGGCUUUCAAGGUGGCAGAGGAGCUGGAAAGCGGCGCUGUGCACAUCAACUCGAUGACGGUACAUGAUGAGUACACGCUGCCGCAUGGCGGUGUGAAGAAGAGCGGAUUCGGGCGGUUCAACGGGUACCAGGGCAUGGACGAGUUUCUGUACUAUAAGACUGUGACCUGGCAGGAGUAGGCUUGUCGAGGUUCGCGAAAUGGUACGAUUAAUGAUACCUUGAUUGCAGCAUGGCUAGCCAUUAUCUAGAUAUAUAUGAGUGAC